CCGGGGACGCGCCGGGCCGAGCCCGCGCUAGGGCGCCGGCGCUGCCAGGGCCGCUGUCAUGGCGUCCGAGGCGCUGUCUGAGGAGAACCCGCCGCGGUCUCUUUAGAGCCGGGGGCGGGGGGCGGGCGGCUGGGUAUGGAGAGCGGCCCCGCGAGCCUGCAGCCGCUGGAACACGGGGUGGCGGCCGAGCCCGCGCCGGAGACAGGUGCUCCGCCGGAGGAGGGGCGGCUCGCCGCUGAGGACGGAGCCGGAGCAGGGGCGGCGGAGCGCGGCGGCGAUGAGCAGGGGGCGGCGGCCGCCGCGGGGGGGAGCCUCCCGGACUCGGCUCGGGCCGCGGGCUCGCCUGGGCUUCCCGGCCGCGCCUCCCCGGCCCUGGACUCGGAAGCGGGCGAGGUGGAGAGCGGGGCCGUGAGAGGGCAGCGCAAGGUGACCGCCUCCCCGGAGCGGCCCGAGGCCACCGCGGGCCGGGCGCGGGCGGCGCCGGGGGGCGCGAGCACCUGCCCGGCCUCCGAGCCCGGCGCCGCCCGGGGAUCCGACGGCAGCAGCGGCAGCAGCGGCGGCGGCGGCGAGCCCAGCCCUGCGGGGGACUCGCCCAGCCUGGACUCGCUGGAGUCGUUCUCUAACCUGCAUUCCUUCCCCAGCAGCUCGGAGUUCACGAGCGAGGAGGGGGCGGAGGGCAGGGCCCCCGAGGAGGCGGAGGAGGAGCGGGGGGCGGCGGGGUCGCCCCGGGCGGUGCCCCUGUGCCCGGAGGAGGCGGCGGGGGACGAGGACGAGGCGGCGCUGGGGCUGGCAGCCUCCAAGGAGCGCUUCCCGGGACAGUCGGUGUAUCACAUCAAGUGGAUCCAGUGGAAGGAGGAGAACACGCCCAUCAUCACGCAGAACGAGAACGGCCCCUGCCCUUUGCUGGCCAUCCUCAACGUCUUGCUUCUGGCCUGGAAGGUGAAACUCCCACCAAUGAUGGAAAUCAUCACUGCUGAGCAGCUGAUGGAAUAUUUAGGAGAUUACAUGCUUGAAGCAAAGCCAAAAGAAAUUUCAGAAAUUCAACGUUUAAACUAUGAGCAGAACAUGAGUGAUGCUAUGGCAAUUUUGCACAAACUCCAGACAGGGUUGGAUGUAAAUGUAAAAUUCACAGGUGUCCGAGUGUUUGAGUACACGCCAGAGUGCAUCGUCUUUGACCUCCUCGAUAUCCCUUUGUACCACGGGUGGUUAGUGGACCCUCAGAUUGAUGACAUUGUAAAGGCUGUUGGUAACUGCAGCUACAACCAACUAGUGGAGAAGAUCAUCUCUUGUAAGCAGUCAGACAAUAGCGAGCUGGUUAGCGAAGGCUUUGUAGCUGAGCAGUUUCUAAGCAGCACAGCCACUCAGCUGACAUACCACGGGCUAUGUGAACUGACCUCGACCGUCCAGGAAGGAGAACUGUGUGUGUUCUUUCGGAACAAUCAUUUCAGCACCAUGACCAAGCACAAGGGACUACUGUAUUUGUUGGUGACAGACCAGGGGUUUCUUACCGAAGAAAAGAUUGUUUGGGAAAGCUUACACAAUGUUGAUGGUGACGGCAAUUUUUGUGACUCGGAAUUCCAUCUGCGGCCUCCUUCAGAUCCUGACACUGUGUACAGAGGACAGCAAGAUCAGAUAGAUCAGGAUUAUCUCAUGGCAUUAUCUCUACAACAAGAACAGCAGAGCCCAGAAAUCAACUGGGACCAAAUCCCGGAAGGAAUCAGUGACUUGGAGCUGGCGAAGAAACUCCAGGAAGAGGAGGACAGGCGGGCUUCUCAGUAUUAUCAGGAGCAGGAGCAAGCAGCGGCGGCCGCUGCCGCUGCCACAACAUCUCCACAGAUGCAGUGACAGGGAUUGAAUUUAGCCAGGACCUCAUAAAACCAUCUGUUCUAACCCUGAGCUAUAUUCCUGGCCUCCGGUUUGUUUUUAAAGUGAAUAACUGCAGCAAAGAAAGCAAACCAAUCUGAACAGAGUCUUCUACCAACUAGAGGCGGGAUUUCCAGCUCCAGGAAGGAAUGUAGACCUCUGAGUCUGAUAAACUUGAAUGUGCACUUCCUGCUCUGUCUCCUCUUAGUACCUGCAACGUCUUGGUCUGAGGCUUUUAAAGUCUCACUUUCUCCAUCUGUAAAGCAGACGAGGGCAGGAGGCGGCCCACGCAGUAGAGUGCGCACAUUACCAUGUGCAAGGACCCAGGUUCAAGCCCCUUGCCACCACGUGGGAGCAGCCAUGGUGGCAAGGGGGGGGAUAUACUCCAGGAGGGGUAGGGUUGAUGCUACAGGUGUUUCUCCUCUGUCUCUCUCUCCCUCUUUAUCUCUCACCUCUGUCUAAAAGAAGAAAUAACUUGACUGCUGGGAGUGGUGGAGUCUGGAGGAACAGAGCCCCAGAGGUGACGCUGGUGGCAAGAAGUGAAUGAAUGAACGGGCAGUGCUAGCACUUCUACAUAACUCGGUGUUUGAAUGUACUAAGCAUUCCUCAAAGGUUAACACAUUCUCCCCUUUUACUUUCCCCAGUUAAAUAUCUUCAGCAUUGUAAAUAUGGCUGUUACGUAGAUUUCUGUAUGUUAAAUCUUACUUCAUUAAAUGAAAAAAAAAAUUUU